UGGGUGUGCAGUCCUAAAAAGGCGGUAUAGCAUCGGUUGAUUUCUCACUCUAUUAUUCUCGAUCGAAACAAAUCGUCGUCACCCACUAGCCUCCCAUGCGUUGUUCCUUGCCCGAAUCUCAAGCUCCCCAAUCCAAAAUGAACACAACCUAAGAAACAACAAAAGCGAUCUCAAUAGGAAAAACCAUACUCAAUUUAGUGGCAUUGCUAAUCAUAGGCGAGGAUCCACCCUUAAUUACUUCAUCUUGAGGGAUUAACAAUGCCGACGGGCGCGCAAGCCGCUGUGCGCCCAUGCCGAAGCCGCCGCCACCACCAUCAUUCCAUUCCUAGAUUAUUUUCUUUUGUUGUUAUCCUCCUCCAUUUUCUGGUUACUUCCUGCUGGGCCCAGUUCCCUGGUGAUUCCGACAUGGAGGCGCAGGCUCUCCUCAAAUUCAAGUCCUCGCUGCUCAACGCCGCCGCCCCCUUGUCCAACUGGGAUCCGGCCAUCCCUCCCUGCAGCGGCGAGCGCGGGAACUGGCUCGGCGUCCUCUGCUACAACGGCUACGUCUGGGGCCUGCAGCUCGAGAGGAUGAACCUCAACGGCGUCAUCGACGUCGACGCCCUCUCCCCGCUCCGCUUCAUGCGCGCCGUCAGCUUCAUGGGCAACACCUUCCACGGCCCCAUGCCCGACUGGAAGAAGGUCGGCGCCAUCAAGGCCCUCUAUUUAUCCGACAACCAAUUCUCCGGCGAGAUCGCCGCCGACGCCUUCAAGGGCAUGUACUCGCUCAAGAAGGUUCACCUGGCCAACAACAACUUCACCGGGCCCCUCCCCACCUCCCUCGAGUCGCCCAAGCUCAUCGAGCUCAAGCUCCAGAACAACCACUUCACCGGCACCAUUCCCAGAAUCAGCUCCGAGAAUCUCAAGGAGCUCGACCUCUCCCACAACCAGUUGGAGGGCCCCAUCCCCGUCGCCCUCAGCAAGAUGGAUCCCGCCUCCUUCGCCGCCAAUAAAGCUCUCUGUGGGGCCCCUCUCUCCAACGCCUGCGAUCCCAAAUUGUACCCCACCUCCUCAUCGUCGCCGCCGCCGCAGAAAUCAUCUCCCUCCGCGCUCUCAAUAGCAUUGAUCGUGCUGGGGGUCAUUCUCCUCCUCCUCCUCGUCCUCUUCCUCCUCGCCAGAUGUCGCAAACGCGGCAACGAGACUCCGCAGCUCGGGAAGCCCAUCCCGGCCAACGUCGUCGACCUGGAGAAGGCCCCACCGGCGGCAGCAGCAACAGCAACAGCGGCGGCAGCGGCAGCGGAAGCAGACACGGCGGCGACAGGAAUCCUAGCGGCGGCGGCGGCGGGGAAGAAGUCGGAUCAGCACCAGCCAGGGAAGCUGUCGUUCGUGGACGAAAGGAGGCACAAGUUCGACCUGCAGGACCUGAUGAGGGCGUCGGCGGAGGUGCUGGGAAGCGGCAACUUCGGAGCGUCGUACAAGGCGGUGCUGGUGGAUGGGGAGGCGCUGGUGGUGAAGAGGUUCAAGCAGAUGAACGGCAUUGCUCGGGAGGACUUCCACGAGCACAUGAGGCGGCUCGGGAGGCUCAGCCACCCCAACCUCCUCCCCCUCGUCGCCUAUUUGUUCCGCAAGGAGGAGAAGCUUUUGGUUUUCGACUUCGUCGCUAAUGGAAGCUUGGCCGCCCUUUUGCAUGGAAAACACUCGGGGGUGCUCAAGUGGGGAACCCGGCUGAAGAUCAUAAAGGGGGUGGGCAAAGGGCUGCUGUAUCUCCAAAACGAGGUGCCAACCCUAACAGUCCCCCACGGCCAUCUGAAAUCCUCGAACGUGUUGUUGGACAACGAAUACAACCCAGUCCUAAUGGACUACGCGCUCCACCCGGUGGUGAACGGCGCCCACGUCCACAACGUCCUCCUCGCCUACAAGUCGCCGGAGUACGCGCAGCACGGCCGCAUAUCGAAGAAAACCGACGUGUGGUGCUUGGGCACGCUGAUUCUGGAGAUCCUGAGCGGCAGGUACCUCGCCCACGGCAGCACCACCGACCUAGCAGCCUGGAUCAACGGCAUUGCCGGGGAGGAAUACGCUACGGUGUUCGACAAAGACAUGGAGGCUGGCGCCCAGGGCAGCAGGAACCAAAUGCAGAAGAUGUUGCAGAUAGGGAUAUCGUGCUGCAAAGAGGAUGCGGAUAAGAGGUGGGAUUUGGAGGCGGCUGUUCGACAGAUUGACCACAUUCAGCAUGACGACUAGCUGCUCCCUCUUUACUUCAUCACUUAUUCAUAUACACAUUGACAUAUAUAUAUAUACUCGCAACUCACAAUCAUAUAUCCAUUUUAAUCGAAUAAGCUGUUCAUUCAAUUUGUAUAAAAAUCGAUGGAUCGAUCGAGUUUUACUGCUCA